GACCAAUUUUCUCGUUCCAUCAGUCCAGUCUUUUUUUAAUCUUUUUUUUCCUUCUGUCUUCCCGAGUCAUUGAAAAAGGAAAGGAAAAUAACGUCUCAACACAACAGUCAACUGGGAACUACUGAAAGCUCUUCCAUCUGCAUUUGCAUGUUCCAUCAAUGGCUUCUCUCCUGAGGAACUCCGGUAAAAUCACCACCACCGCGGGUCUCAUCGCCAGACCGGGCUUUCAAGGCGGCCGUGGUUUCGGCCUCUCGAGUUUCAGUCUCUUCUUCUCCUCUCCUCGUCGAUUUCAGACAACCGAAUCGGAGAGUCGGGUGGAUUCUCACUGCUAUGAUGACGAAAUCAGUCAGAAAUUCAGUGUGCUGGGAGGGAAAGUACCAUAUACCUCGGGGAUGAGAUUCACAUCUGAAUUGCCGGAGGAGAAGGUUCCCUGCUACCGUGUACUCGACAACAACGGUCAGCUAAUCGACUCUAGAAACUUUGCUGGGAUCAGCAAAGAGAUUGCUAUGAAGAUGUACACUGAUAUGGUGAAACUGAACACCAUGGACACCAUCUUUUAUGAAGCGCAGAGGCAAGGAAGGAUUUCGUUCUAUGUUACAACUACAGGAGAGGAGGCGAUCAAUAUUGCGUCAGCAGCAGCACUCAAGAUUGAUGAUUUCAUUGUCCCUCAGGUUUUAUGGAAUAGUAAAUAGUACUCUCAUUCUCUCUUUGCACUAAUUCAUUGCCUUCAUUUAGAUACUUCUGUUAUCAUGAUUUUGAUAGAUCCAUGAGUAGAUUCAUAUGUGCAUUGUUUUUUUUAGGGUAAAGAAAAAUAAUCUGCUGAUGACUGGUGCAGUAUAGGGAGCCAGGAAUUCUCUUGUGGCGUGGUUUCACACCUCAAGAUUUUGCUAACCAAUGCUUCAGCAAUAAAUUCGAUGAUGGUAAAGGAAGACAGAUGCCUGUGCACUACGGAUCGAAAAAGCUUAAUUAUUUCACUGUUGCAUCGACGAUUGCUUCACAACUUCCGCAUGCUGUUGGUGCUGCAUAUUCCUUGAAGAUGGAUGGCAAAGAUGCUUGUGUUGUUGGGUACUUUGGUGAUGGCGGUUCCAGUGAGGGAGAUUUCCAUGCUGCUUUGAAUUUUGCUGCGGUCUUGGAAGCUCCAGUCAUAUUUCUCUGCCGGAACAAUGGAUGGGCUAUUAGUACACCAGCUUCAGACCAGUUCCGAAGUGAUGGAGUUGUGGUUAAAGGGCAGGCUUAUGGAGUUCGCAGCAUCCGUGUAGAUGGUAAUGAUGCUCUUGCAAUGUACUCUGCAGUUCGUUCUGCUCGGGAAAUGGCAAUAACUGAACAAAAACCCAUCCUGAUUGAGGCUGUAACGUACCGAGUAGGGCAUCACACCACAUCGGACGAUUCCACUAGGUACCGUCCACUUGAGGAGAUUGAAUGGUGGCAAAUGGCACGGAACCCUCUGACUUUAUACCGGAAGUGGUUGGAGAGCAACGGUUGGUGGAACGAUGAGGCCGAGGCAGAGCUUAGAAGCAACUCCAGGAAGGAGCUUUUGAAGGCCAUUCAGGUAGCAGAAAAGAUCGAGAAGCCGCCUGUCGGGGAUAUGUUUACAGAUGUCUAUGAUGCCGUUCCUUCCAAUCUGUUUGAGCAAGAGAAGUUGCUGCAACAGACUGUCACGAGGUACCCGCAAGACUACCCAUCUGAUGUUCCAGUCAGAGCUGUUCCUUCCUCCUGAAGUUUGUAUCUUGUAACCCAAGUUACCUGUUACUUUGUCAGCUGAUUUGAGUUCUAGGCCUACUUAAAUAAUUGUAAAGAUAAAAAUGUAGCAAACUGUGCGACAUAAAUCUUAAUAACAUGCAAGUAAGGUUAAGAGCACUGAAGCCGAGUAGACCAACCCUAAUAUUUUGAUCUGGUAUUCGAUUUACACAGUAAUCAUGGUUUUAUGUAGGUCACAUUUAAUCCUUAUGUCACUACUCCUAUGGAAAGUUCUGUACGAGUAUUUUCGUGUGUAUCCGAG